AUGGCUAUUGAUUGGGACAAGCUUCUAGAGUAUCAGACAGUCAAGGUUGUCAAGAUCAGAGACAAAAGACUUGGAAUAUUGCAUUUACUAUUUAUGUUGGGCAUUGUCAUUUACAUCAUUGUUGGAACAAUCAUAUUACAAAAGCGAUACCUUGCCACAGAGAAUCCAAUUGGUUCAAUACGUGCUACUUUGUUGGCUCCAAAGUAUAGAAAUCCUACACCUCCAUAUUGUACAAGUUCUGGAAAUUCAACUUAUAAUGGAUAUCCAACAUAUGAAUGCGAAUAUUGGGAUGAAUCACUUGUACUUUAUCCAUCGACUUCAGACACAUCAAUGUUCAUCUCGACACGAGUCGAGUCAGAGAUACAAAAGACUGUGAACAAUUGCCAGUUCACCAGUCCCACGUGCACUUAUGCCACGUACAAUCAAUCAUUGUUCUACAUUCCAGACAUUGAGAACUUCACCAUCAUGCUGGAUCACACAGUCUCUGCACCCAAUCUGGGCAUCCAGUAUAAUGCCCGACAGUUGCCAGGUCGUCUGCUAAACUCUUCUGGCCAUGUCUGGACGCCACCUGCGCCCAACGUCGUUGGCGUGCAGAGCCAGUACGACAUCAUGACCGUCGGCACUUGUCUGGCUGCGGCCGGCAUCUACAAUCUGGACGGACCCAGUCUGAGCAAUGCUUCGCGCAGCAUGCGAGAUGAUGGAGUGAUACUGUUGGUUUUCAUCACCUACUCCAACACAUACACGUACAACACCAACAACUUUAGGUAUACCUAUCAGUUCAAAGUGAUCAAGGACACCAAGUUCAAGGCUGAAGAGCCAAUCUUCACAACUGAUGUCAACAAUCGUUACGUCUUUGAUCGUCACGGCGUCAAGAUGUUAUUCAUUCAAACUGGAUCAAUUGGCAAAUUUGAUUUCCAAACAAUGUUACUAACUUUCGUGUCUGGUAUUGGAUUGGUAACAGUGUCGACUAUAUUCGUGGAUAUAUUGGCAGUGAGACUGCUGCCACAGAAGAGACUGUAUGCUCAGUACAAGUAUGAGAAUGUAGAGGAGAUGGACGAGCGAAACAAGGUGGUCUACGAGAAUGACAACGAGGAUGGUGCAAAGACAACUGUACACAAUCAAUAA